CACACAGAGCCAAGUUUUUCAAUGAUGCAUACUUAACUAUAAAAGUAUAAAGUCUGUUGGACUGUAUAAAAAAGUCUUCUUUUAGCAGUGAACGUAUGUCCUGGGGAACAUGUCUCCACUUGUGACGUCACCGUCUCACUCUGUGUCUUCAUUGUGUCCAUAUGUUCAUGCUUUAGUGUUUAUGGCACAUUCACGUUAUACAACAAAUAAUAACUCCUCCCCUUGGAGAGUGUUGUGUUUGCCCUAUGCACAGAAGACCUCACAUAACCCGUCUGCUUUACCGUCACCACAUACGCCACACUCGACUUAAAGUUGCAGGAUGCAAGCACUUCCUGUUAAGAAUGAAAAGACACAUCAAAAGUAGAAAAAAACAACAAAACUUCUACUUCCUCAACCCAACAAAGUUCCCAUUCUGUAUGCAUAAAAAAAUAAAAACCUUCCCAACUGAAGUGUACUGCUGCCUCCAGCUGACAACUGUAUGUUUAAAUCUCUGUUUGGCUGCAGAAAAGAGGGCGGGGCUGGUAAAAUAAAAACUGGUUUGUCAAGAUAGACAAUUAAAUAUAGAGUUUGAAGAACAUCGUGCUGAAGACACCGUCAAAAAAAGGACAUUUGUCAGCAUGGUUCAGAAGGUGGCUGUGAUCGGCGCCGGAAUUUCAGGUCUGACCAGCAUCAAGGCCUGCCUGGAUGAAGGUCUGGAACCCACCUGCUUCGAGAGCAGCCAUGACAUUGGUGGCCUGUGGAGGUUUAAGGAGGAACCAGAGCCUGAACGGGCCAACAUCUAUUUCUCUGUGGUCCUGAACAGCUCCAAAGAGAGGAUGGCCUUCAGUGACUUCCCGCCUCCUGCCGAGCUCCCAAACAACAUGCACCACUCCGAGGUGAUGCUCUACCUCAGACUAUAUGCUCAGACCUUCAGGCUCCUGCAGCACAUCCGAUUCCAGACUUCUGUGGCCCGUGUCAGGCCAACUCCAGAUUUUGCCACCACUGGUCAGUGGGAGGUGGAGACCGAGAGACGUGACGGUCCGAGGGAAAGUCAGGUCUACGACGCCAUCAUGGUUUGUACGGGACACUUCACCACGCCUCACCUGCCGCUCCAAGACUUCCCAGGUAUAGAGAACUUUAAAGGCAAGUACUUGCACAGCUGGGAAUACCGUAACACUGACGGUCUGCAGGGGAAAAGAGUGGUGGUGAUCGGGAUCGGGAGUUCUGGAGGAGACAUCGCUGUGGAUAUCAGCAGGGUUGCUGAAAAGGUGUACCUCAGCACCAGGAGUGGAGCGUGGAUUGUGAGCCGUGUCGGCUCAAGGGGCCUCCCAGUGGACAUGCUCGGUACUUCCCGGAUGAACAUGACACUGCAGAGACUCUUUCCUUCUUGGAGCAGCAGGAUGGUGGAGAAGAAACUCAACAGCGUGUUUGACCAUGAACUCUAUGGACUGAAACCACCACACGGGAUCUUCGCACAAAACGCUGUGGUGAGCGACGACCUGCCAGCACGCAUCAUCUCCGGGCGCGUUCAAGUGAAACCCAACGUCAAAGAGUUCAGAGAUUCUGCUUUGGUCUUUGCUGACGGCAGUGUUAUAGACCAGGUGGACGUGGUGGUGUUCGCCACGGGCUACAACUACAGCUUCCCCUUCCUGCCUCCAGCCUUGCAGGAAAAGUCAGGUUAUCGUCUUUGUCUCUACAAGCACGUCUUCCCGCCCAGCCUGUCCAAACCCACGCUGGCCGUGGUGGGCUUUGUCCACGGUCUUGGAUCUCUCACACCCUUGGCUGAGAUGCAAGCCCGCUGGGCAACCAGAGUGUUUAAAGGUUUAUUAAAGUUACCCCCCGAGGAGACCAUGCUAGAUAAAAUUGCGACGGAAACGGAAACCAUGCAUAACAGGUACGCCUGCUCAGAACGCACCCCUAUUCAGGUGGACUACAUCCCCUACCUGGACUCUGUAGCGGAUAAGAUCGGGGUUCGACCGAGCAUCGCACGCCUCCUACUGAAGGAUCCCAGACUCGCUCUGCAGGUUUUGUUGGGGCCAUGUACAUCCUAUCAGUACCGACUGACUGGGCCAGGCCAGUGGGCCGGAGCUCGACAGGCCAUCUUCGCUCAGUGGGAUCGAGUGGUCCAGCCUUUCAAAACCAGAGUGGGACCCAAAGCCAGUAGGACCGGAGUGGUACCCAGAGCUAGAAGCUCUUCUAAACUCAGCAUGGUGCUUUUCUCAGGAGCAGCCCUCCUAUGCUGCUGUUUGUACAAUAAAUGAUCGACACCAUGAUCCAGUCCUCCUUAUGUACCCCUUGGUUGUUCAUGCUGGAACAUCAGUUUUUGCAGUGUAUGAACUCUGUAGGGUGUAU